AUGAACUCGGUGCGCGCGAUCCAGCAGCUCAACAAGCGCGAGCUCGAAGCGGGCAUCAACCCAGAAGGUUCAUGGCAUACCGACUACCGCGACACCGCCUUCAUUAACAUCGGCGGCCUACCCUUCGAACUUUCAGAGGGUGACAUCGUCACCAUAUUCUCCCAGUAUGGCGAGCCGGUAUGGGUCAAGCUUGCGCGCGACAAGGAGACGGGAAAGUCACGAGGUUUUGCUUGGAUCAAGUACGAAGACCAGAGGAGCUGCGAUCUGGCUGUGGACAACCUGGGUGGAGCAACCAUUAUGGACCGAGUCAUUAGGGUCGACCAUGCGCGGUACAAGCCUAAGGACGACGAAGAUAUGAGGGACAAUACCAUGGGGGACGUAGACCUCGACGCGGGCAAUGAGUCCGAUGGCGGCAGAAGGAAGCGGAGAAAGACAGAAAGCGAAAGCGACUCGGACGACGACCGACCACUAUUACCAGAGGAGAUUGAGCUAGGGCGGCUCAUGGAGAAGCUCGACGAGGACGAUCCGAUGCGCGAUUCCAUGAUCAAGCGUCAACAAGAGAAAGUGGACGAUGCCCUCAAGAAACUGAAGAAGCAGAAGCGCAAAGAAAAGGAGCGGGCAAAGCGCAAGGAUAGGCAUAGUCGGAGAGACAGGUCGAGAGACCGAGAUAGGAGCAAGGACAGAAGAAGGAUGAAGGGAGCGGGAGAGGACAAUGGGCGUGACAAGCACUCGCGUCGGAGGAACAUCGUCGCCACCGGUCGGAACGGACUCGAGAUCGGAGCGAGGAUUCCCGAGACAGACGCGACCGACAUCGAAAGCGCGAGCGAAGACGCUCAGGUUCCGACGGCGAAGAUGCAGGGCGCUCACGGCGAAAACCAUCGCACUCACCAUUACCAUAUCGCGCUCGUUCUCCCUAGUCACCGGCUAUACUCUCCCAUGAUUCAGAGUUCGUGGUUCAAAAAGACUUCCAUGUUUGUCGGCACAGGCUCUGUCGCUGUCUCCGUACUGUAG